GAUAAGAGCUACUCAAAUUCAUCAGACUGUCUGAAGGGCGAUGAUACCGAGGCUGACGCAACUAUUUGCACUUCUAUCCGAAGUGGAUUUCUGCAUCAGCCUCUCUUAUCGACAGCCAGUUUUGAAUCACCCUUCAAAAAUGAAUCGUCAACUAAUUUGGAUGCCGACCAGACCAUUGCCACCAGUAAGCUGACUCGUAUAGCGGGACCGGUGAAAAGUGCUUCUUCAGUCAUCGCUUUGGGUACACUUAGUAUCCGGCCUAAUGGACAACUACCACCUGGAGGUCGAUUUCCCCCUUCAAAGGGUUUAAUCGAGCUACUCAAUUUGCCUCAUUAUGCGCCGCUUGCUCAAUCAGUGUCGGAUCUCGUUCAAGGUACAAAUGCUUCUUUGGGCCGAGUACUUGAAUUAAACCGUUCUAUGCCGGACCUUAGUCGCUUAUUACUCCAUGGCCAGUCCGGAUCUGAAGCGGCCUCGAACCAGCCCUCAGAAUCAGAUGCCUGCCAAGUAUCGAGUAUUUUAGCAAAAUCUGAUCUGAAGCACCGCUCUACCACUCCUCUUAAGCAUUUACAGAGAAACCAUCUUCUAGACAUGCAUCCAUUUGGUUCGUUCUUUGGUGGGGCCAAAAAAAAGCAAAACAAAGGUGGUCUGUUUCUUUCAAGAAAGCGGCACCGGCAAGUUAUUAAUGAUGAUAAUUAUAAAGAUGCUUAUAUUAACAUUUAG